AUGCUAUUCAGUCUCACCCAUAAACAUUUUUUUAAAUCAUCUCCAAAGAAACUGGCCAGAUUAGCAUCGUCAGUCCGCUGGAAGAGCACCAAGUUGGCAAACCUACUCAACAAUUCAAAAGAACCACCUAUGUUACAUUAUAACCAAUAUUUAAAGAAAGUCGAUGAACCUGGUGAUUAUGCGAUAGGUGAAAGGUAUGCAGACUUUAUGGACCAGCUUAUGCUUGAUGAAAAUAGGAAACAAUUAGCUUUUGCUAAAAUAGCUUUAAGCACACCCUCACUUUUGACUGGGGAAGAAACAUCAUCAACAACAAAGCCACGUUAUAACAGUGAAGUAAGAGAUACAAAACAUGAGCCAGUGUCAGGAUGUUCAAUCAGUAGCUCUAAAUUCAAAAACACUAAUAGCAAAACUCGGGUUGAACGAAUAGAUUAUUCAUCAGAUCCAAAGAAUUUAGAGGAUACCAACAAGAACUACCAGAAUUUGAAGAAACAUCAGAACAGGACACCAUCCAUGGAGCGUCGAAUGCUUAGUUUGCUUGAUAUUGAGUCUCGAAUUUUACUGCAAUCCCCCCAAAGUGAAGCUGAUGUACAGUACAGUUUUUGUGCGAAAGUGGUUCAACCUAUUUGCUCAAUGAUUGAAAUGGUUUAUGGGGUAACAAUUCAAUUUAACCAACAAGUUUAUAAUAAAGAGUGCAAAAUAUUCCCUGGCAUAACAAUUAAAUCACCUAAUGCAAAAGGCUCAGUGGUGGUUGAAGUUAAAAAACAUUUGCCAGCUGCAAAUGAGUUCAAUAAACAGAAGAUUUCAGAAUUGCUCAAGAUUAACGGAGUUCAACAAGUCAUCAACUCUAUAAGUUCCUCUGGUUCAAGAUUUGGUAUAUUGACAUCUUUUAAGACAACGCUCAUCGUUUGGAUAAACCAUGAUAAUGUGACAUUCACGGAUGAAGAGUGCAUUCUUGAUAUAAAGUAUCUUGUCAUAGACCAUUUAGAGCCAUACUGCACUCUUAAAUCAAUCAUUCAUAACUUGUUGAUUGACCAAUUCACUUCACCAUUAGAUGUUCAACAUGAACGUUAUGAAAAAUCAAUGAAGUUCAAGGCAAACUUUUCAACAUCUCCAGCCAUUGUUGAGAAAAAAUUGGAGCUGUCAAGACAAUAUAUGAAACUUCAAUAUGAUGCAAAAACUCUUGGUGGCAAUGAAGAAAACAUAGAAGUUGUAAUUGAUUCCAACGUCACUCCAAUUGGAACUUUGAAAGAUUAUGAUCAUAUGGUGAGAUCUAUUUAUUUGAAGAAAACCCACUUUAACCCAGAUGACAAGUCUGAGGACUCUGUUUUCAUCAAAAUUUGGGAUCCUGUCACCUUUGGAAUGAAUGAUGAUCCAACACAUAAUCAAGAACAAAUGGAAUUUGAGUAUUUAAACUCAGUUCACAAUCAAACAAUUGUCAACAAAUGCAUCGCUGGAAGUCCAAAGUAUUGGAAACGAGGAUUUCUAGUUGUGAAGGAUGAAAAUUUAAAAAUCCUAUCAUUGGGGAAAUUUAUGGCGUUUGAAGUUUCAAAUAUGAGCAGUCAGAUGAAAUACCAACCAAUGAACGUGAUUUUACCAAAGGCUCUUUCACAACUUGAAGUGCUGAAUACUAAAGGUUUGGGGCUGUAUGUCAAUAUUGAAGCUGAAGAUGAUAGAUUCAACCCUGAAAAAGACAUGAUCCUUCAAAAAAACGGUGAGCUGUCAAUCAUUAAUGUUGCUGGAACUGGGGAGCAUCCGAGAAGUGAUUCUGGUAGAAAAUUUGACCGUAGAGUUCUGAUUGACGGGAUGAAGAUGUUUUAUGAAGGUUUUGAAGGAUGA